GCUCUGCCCAGUAGUUGAAAAGUGAACUCGACUCGUGAUGGUUCUCCUGUCACUUUGGUUGAUAGCAGCCGCUCUGGUAGAGGUUAGGACUUCAGCUGAUGGACAAGCUGGUAAUGAAGAAAUGGUGCAACUAGAUUUACCACUAAAGAGACAUAGAGAUUAUGAGCUGGUGACUCCAGUCAGCACAAAUCUAGAAGGACACUAUCUCUCCCAUAUUCUUUCUGCAAAUCACAAAAAGAGAUCAACAAGGGACGUGUCUUCCAACCCUGAGCAGUUGUUCUUUAACAUCACAGCAUUUGGAAGAGAUUUUCAUCUCCGCCUAAAGCCCAACAAUCAACUAGUAGCUCCUGGGGCUGUUGUGGAAUGGCAUGAGACACCUCUAGUACCUGGGAAUAUAACUGACCCCAUUAAUGAUCAUCAACCAGGAAGUGCUUCAGAAAGGAUUUGGAAAACAGAGCCUUUGCAGACUAACUGUGCUUACGUUGGUGACAUCAUGGACAUUCCAGGAACCUCUGUUGCCAUUAGCAACUGUGAUGGCCUGGCUGGAAUGAUAAAGAGUGACAAUGAUGAGUAUUUCAUUGAGCCUUUGGAAAGAGGCAAGCAGAUGGAGGAAGAAAAAGGAAGGAUUCAUGUUGUCUACAAGAGGUCAGCUGUAGAACCAGCUCCCAUAGACAUGUCCAAAGACUUUCACUACAGAGAGUCGGAUCUGGAAGGCCUUGAUGAUCUAGGUACUGUUUACAGCAACAUUGAACAGCAGCUGAAUGAGACGAUGAGGCGCCGCAGACAUGCAGGAGAAAAUGAUUACAACAUUGAGGUGCUGCUGGGCGUGGAUGACUCUGUGGUCCGUUUCCAUGGCAAAGAACACGUCCAAAACUACCUCCUCACCCUAAUGAACAUUGUAAAUGAAAUUUAUCAUGAUGAAUCCCUAGGUGUCCAUAUAAAUGUGGUCCUGGUGCGCAUGAUAAUGCUGGGUUAUGCAAAGUCCAUCAGCCUUAUAGAAAGGGGAAACCCAUCCAGGAGCUUGGAGAAUGUGUGUCGCUGGGCUUGCCAACAACAAAAAUCUGAUCCCAACCACUCUGAACACCAUGACCAUGCAAUUUUUUUAACCAGGCAAGAUUUUGGACCUGCUGGAAUGCAAGGAUACGCUCCAGUCACAGGCAUGUGUCAUCCAGUAAGAAGUUGUACUCUGAAUCAUGAGGAUGGUUUUUCAUCUGCUUUUGUUGUAGCCCAUGAAACUGGCCAUGUGUUGGGAAUGGAGCAUGAUGGACAAGGCAACAGGUGUGGUGACGAGACUGCUAUGGGAAGUGUCAUGGCUCCCUUGGUGCAAGCAGCAUUUCAUCGUUACCACUGGUCCCGGUGCAGUGGUCAGGAGUUGAAAAGAUACAUCCAUUCCUAUGACUGUCUCCUUGAUGACCCAUUUGAACAUGACUGGCCCAAACUCCCAGAACUUCCCGGGAUCAAUUAUUCAAUGGAUGAGCAGUGUCGUUUUGAUUUUGGUGUUGGUUAUAAAAUGUGCACUGCGUUCCGAACCUUUGACCCAUGUAAACAGCUGUGGUGUAGUCAUCCUGAUAAUCCUUACUUUUGUAAGACUAAAAAGGGACCCCCACUUGACGGGACUGAAUGUGCUGCUGGAAAAUGGUGCUAUAAGGGUCAUUGCAUGUGGAAGAAUGCUAAUCAACAAAAACAAGAUGGCAAUUGGGGAUCAUGGACCAAAUUUGGCUCCUGCUCCAGGACGUGUGGGACUGGUGUUCGUUUCAGAACACGCCAGUGCAAUAAUCCAAUGCCCAUCAAUGGUGGUCAAGAUUGUCCUGGUGUUAAUUUUGAGUACCAGCUUUGUAAUACAGAAGAAUGCCAAAAACACUUUGAGGACUUCAGAGCACAACAGUGCCAACAGCGUAACUCCCACUUUGAAUACCAGAAUACCAAACACCACUGGUUGCCAUACGAGCACCCUGACUCUAAGAAAAGAUGCCAUCUUUACUGCCAAUCCAAAGAGACUGGAGAUGUUGCUUCUAUGAAACAGCUGGUGCAUGAUGGAACACGCUGUUCUUACAAAGACCCAUAUAGCAUCUGUGUUCGAGGAGAGUGUGUGAAAGUGGGCUGUGAUAAAGAAAUUGGCUCUAACAAGGUUGAGGAUAAAUGUGGCGUCUGUGGAGGAGAUAAUUCCCAUUGUCGAACUGUGAAGGGGACAUUUACCAGAACUCCAAGGAAGCUUGGGUACCUUAAGAUGUUUGAUAUACCCCCUGGUGCUAGACAUGUGUUAAUCCAAGAAGACGAGGCUUCUCCUCAUAUUCUUGCUAUUAAGAACCAGGCUACAGGCCACUAUAUUUUAAAUGGCAAAGGCGAGGAAGCCAAGUCUCGGACCUUCAUAGAUCUUGGUGUGGAGUGGGAUUAUAACAUUGAAGAUGACAUUGAAACUCUUCACACCGAUGGACCUUUACAUGACCCUGUUAUUGUGUUGAUUAUACCUCAGGAGAAUGAUACCCGCUGUAGCCUGACCUAUAAGUACAUCAUUCAUGAAGAUUCUGUACCUACAAUCAACAGCAACAAUGUGAUCCAGGAAGAAUUAGAUACUUUUGAGUGGGCUUUGAAGAGCUGGUCUCAGUGUUCCAAACCUUGUGGUGGAGGUUUCCAGUACACUAAAUAUGGAUGCCGUAGGAAAAGUGAUAAUAAGAUGGUUCAUCGCAGCUUCUGUGAAGUCAAUAAAAAGCCAAAACCUAUUAGAAGAAUGUGCAAUAUUCAAGAGUGCACACACCCACUCUGGGUAGCAGAAGAGUGGGAACACUGCACCAAAACCUGUGGGAGUUCUGGCUAUCAGCUUCGCACUGUGCGCUGCCUGCAGCCCCUUCAUGAUGGCACCAACCGCUCCGUGCACAGCAAGUAUUGUAUGGGAGAUCGCCCUGAGAGCCGCCGGCCUUGUAACAGAGUGCCCUGCCCAGCCCAGUGGAAAACAGGGCCCUGGAAUGAGUGUUCGGUAACCUGCGGGGAAGGAACAGAAGUGAGGCAGGUCAUCUGCAGGGCUGGAGACCAGUGUGAUGGGGAAAAGCCUGAAUCAGUCAGAGCCUGUCAGCUGCCUUCUUGCAAUGAUGAACCAUGCUUGGGGGACAAAUCGAUAUUUUGUCAAAUGGAGGUGCUGGCACGAUAUUGUUCCAUACCAGGUUAUAAUAAGUUAUGUUGUGAGUCAUGUAGCAAGCGCAGUAGCACCCUGCCACCAUCAUAUCUUCCAGAAGCUGCUGAAACUCAAGAUGAUGCUAUCUUUAACCCUAGUGACCUCCCUAGGUCUCUAGUGAUGCCAACAUCUUUGGUUCCUUACCAUUCAGAGACCCCUGCUGAGAAGAAGACAUCUUUGAGUAGGAUCUCUGCAGUGCAAGGUCCAAAUGCAUAUGCUGCUUUCAGGCCAAACGGUAAACCUGAUGGUGCUAAUUUACCCCAGAGGAGAGCUCAGCAAACAGGAAGUAAGACAAUGAGAAUGGUCUCAGUACCAUCCUCCCCAUCCACCAAGAGUGGCCACCUCAAUUCAUCUUCACAAAUGACUGCUGCUCCCUUCCUUGCAGUCAAUGAUUCAAUAGGUGCUUCUUCUCAGGCAAGAACCUCAAAGAAAAAUGAAAAGAUUAUUGACAAGAGACAUCCCAUAAAGUCAUCCAUGUUAGAAAGAUGAGAAAGUGAACUUAAAAUAAAUCAGAGGAAAACUUGGACAACCUCCCUCUCCCCAUGGUGCAUACAGCUUGUGUAAAGUGGAAGUCUCCGUAGAUUGACAAUUCAUUUAUCUGUAAGUGAAAGAACAAAAAAGUGCUGGUUCACUUUCUAGUUACUUUCAUCCUCCUUUUGUUCUACAUUGACUCAUUAACCAGAAUUCAUUGGAAGAAAGCACCAAAGAUUAUUAAUGGAAGGAAAAUAAGUUGCUAAGUGUGUUGGUCACUUUCUAAAGCAGAAAAGGGACUGGAACCAAUUGUGCAUAUCAGCUGAUUUUUUGUUUUAAAAAAGUUAUGGUAAAAUUUAAAAAGAGGUGCCAAUCGUUUACACUUUUACAAAAUAUUUUGGAAAGGGAGCAAAGAAUCCUUAGACUUGUAUUCUUAUUUAUCUAUAUUAGAAAUAUUGUACGAGCAAAUUUGCAGCUGUUGUGUAAAUACUGUAUAUUGCAGAAAUCAGUAUUAUUUUAAGAGAUGUGGUCUCAAAUGAUUGUUUACUAUAUUACAUUUCUGGAUGUUCUAGGUGCCUGUCGUUAAGUAUUGCCUUAUUUGAUAUUCUAUGAGUUGAUUUUCAAAGCAGAAUAUUGCAAAGAAGUUAAAAUUACAGCUACUGACAAUACAAAGGGUGUUAUUGUAUGGUAUUGUUGAGUCAACAAUGUGAUACCUAAAUUAGAUGGAAACAAAACAGAUAAGCUACAGAUGUAUAGAUUUCAGCUUACCUAUUGCUGUCUACUCUUUAAAUGAGGUGUGGUAGGAUUGAUGUCUUAGUAUAUGUGUAGCCACAGGAAACAGAAGAUAGUAAUAAGACUGUACAUGACAGAAAUGAAACUGUUAUCAGAGCCUCAGUGGUAGGUACCACUGAGGAGUCCUAUGUUCUUAUGUAGAUUUGUAUUUUCCCUUUGCUGACAUAUUAACAGUUAUAAACAAUACACUGUAGUAAUCGCAAGGAAAAAAAAUGUUUGGAGAUAACUUGUUUGUAUGUUAGUAGCUGAGAAAGCAUCAUCCAACUAGAAUUGGCACUCUAGUAGAGUAGGGCUUUGGACUUUGGAAGCAGGUUCAAGAAAGCAUUUGCCAAAAGUUGAGAUAUUUAUUUUCCGCAUGGUUCAUAUCCAGAUGUUCACAACCACAAUGCAUCUGACUGCAAUAAUGUGCUAGUAAUUUAUAUGCCAGUGAUCACCGUGCUCACAGUGAAGCCAGAAAUACUCUCUCCAGGGAGUGGAUGUAAAGUAUUUGUAUAUAGGAUUCAGACCUGAAGAUAUUUAUUAAAAGUUGAUUUUUUUUGGAUAGUAUUUUUAUGUACUAAAUAUUUACACUAAUAUCAAUGACCUAUUUUGGUAAACUAGAGAGACAUAUUUACAGAUGCAUGCUUUGUUUUGUUCAAAGAGGAAAAGUUUAAGCAAACAACAGCAACCAAAUCAAGGAGCUAAAAUUAAGCAAAUGUACUGUUAUGCAAAUAUUUUUCAUUUUGAUUGUAGUUGAGAAAAAGUUGAUAACUUGUUCCCCUUCAAGGAAAUAUAUAAUAGUGUGGACUCAGCUUGCUGUUUAAUGAAAUAAUGAAUUAGAAACCUUUUUAAAUAUAUGUGCAAGAGAUGAGUACUUCAUGAAUUACACUUAAAUAAGAAGAAAGAGAAGUGUUGUCAGCAUAAUAUAUUUGAGGUCAAUGCUUGAACUGUUAACAGUAUAUUAUGCAAACUAAAAUGCAGGUCUGUUCACUCCUGAAAGCACAAAAUGUAUGAGGACUUUUAACCAUUGUAAACUAACCUAUUGACUCUAUACCUCUAAAGAAUCGCUGCUACUUUGUGCAAGACUUUUGAAGAUCAAGUGAAUUUGGAUAAUUACUGAUAGUUAGACAAUCCCUGAGCCUCAAAUAGAAAUGAUCUUUUCUCUCAAAAUUUUCCCAGAAUAAAAUUCUCUCUAGUUUGCUUGCGUGUGCAUACCACAGGAAACUAAGUGUAAAGAAAGAUGUUCACACACACACACCCCUCCCAUAAAGAUGUACAUAUUCAUUAUUCUUUUGACUUUUGAGCUUUCUUUUCUACUAAGCUAAAAAUUCUUUUUUAUCAAAGUGUACACUACUGAUGCUGUUUGUUGUAUUGGGAGCACAUAGCAAUAAAAAUAUUAACAAAAUAUA